ACAUCGUGUGUACGGGUUUGGGAUGAUGGCUCUCUCUUUUCAGGAAGAGACCAGAGAGUGGCCGGGUCACUUAUCAUAUGUCAAGGUGGAUCCAGCCAAGAUCAUCAUGGCCCGUACUGGCUCUCACCGUGCACGGCAGCCACUGAUGGGAGUUUCCUUGAGGCACUCAGCAGUCUUGGCUGUUCUCAGCCUCCCUCCCCUUCCUGUCCUUUACUGGGAGGAGGGAGAAGUGGGGAGUUUUGUUUAUUCCUUUCAGUCCCACCAUAGCGUGGCCCCGUUUCAGUGGCUGGGAUGACUGAUUAACAGGGAUUUGGGAUGCCAGAAGUGUGUGGUCAUGUUGAUGCGGUCCCAUUGGAGGCCAGGCUCAGACACACAGGCAGCACUGAGAGCCUCAGCUAGCAGCCCUUGCAUACUAAAAUCCUCCUCCGUCCUCCAGCAGGUCCGAGGUUACGCAGAGGUCAGACGAACGCGGCUUCAUAGAGCUGAACCAGCCUCCUCAGACAUGGCUGAUAGCUGGUUGAACCUACAGGCAGAGGAAGAAAGAGGGCAGGAAAGCAGCAUGGGGGACUCUGGCAAUUUGGACGACAGCCUCACCAGUCUUCAGUGGCUGCAAGAGUUCUCCAUCAUCAAUGCCAACGUGGGCAAGUCUUCCUCCUCUCCCAGCAGCUCGGACCCUCACGACUACCACAAGAUCCCUGGCUCAGCUGCUCCAUGCUCACCCUUGGCUGCUGACCCAGCUUGCAUGGGUAUGCCCCAUACCCCUGGCAAGCCCAUUUCUUCUUCUACGUCCCGAACUGCUCAUCUUGGAGUGGGCAUGCAGGCCCAGCCCAUGGAAGACAUUGACUAUAAGACCAACCCUCACGUAAAGCCACCUUAUUCCUAUGCCACACUCAUCUGCAUGGCCAUGGAAGCCAGCAAGAAAAGCAAAAUCACCCUCUCGGCCAUCUACAAAUGGAUUACAGAUAACUUCUGCUACUUCAGACAUGCUGACCCCACCUGGCAGAAUUCCAUCCGGCACAACCUGUCCUUGAACAAGUGCUUCAUCAAGGUGCCCCGUGAGAAGGACGAGCCAGGGAAAGGUGGGUUCUGGAAAAUUGACCCUCAGUAUGCUGACAGGCUCAUGAACGGGGCCUUCAAAAAACGCAGGAUGCCUCCUGUGCAGAUCCACCCAGCCUUCACCAACAGAGUCCAACAAGACACUGGGUCGGCUCCUAAUCAGGCAACAUCCUCUUGGACCAACAACGGCGUCCUGAACGUCAACAUGGAGUCUCAGCAGCUGCUCAAAGAGUUUGAGGAAGUCACCAGCGACCAGAACUGGAAUCCAGCAGAUGGAAAAAUGGGCCACAAGCGGAAACAGCCAUUGCCCAAACGGACACACAAAACAGCUCGUCUCUCUAGCUCCCCUCUACUCACCCAGGAAGAACAAACUGAGCUAGGAUCACUGAAAGGUGACUUUGACUGGGAAGCCAUCUUUGACACUACCUUGAAUGGCGACUUCUCUACUUUUGAGGACCUGGAGCUCACACCUCCUAUUAGCCCAAUAACGAGAGAUGUGGACUUGACAGUACAUGGAAGACACAUUGACUGCCCUCAGGAAUGGUGCCCAGUUGGGCAGGAUCAGGUCCUUACAGAAGCCAACCAGAACAACUUGGACUUUGAUGAAACUUUCAUGGCUACAUCUUUCCUUCAGCAUCCCUGGGAUGAAGGGAGAAAUGAUUACCUCUCAAACUCAGUCAACAUGGACCAGUUGUUUGAACUCAAUGAUUCUUCUUUGCCAACAGACAUGAAUGACUGGAGCAGUGUGGGAUCAUUCUUAUAAGAGGCAGCUCCCAGUUAGAAGAACCAACUUGAACCCAGGCAGACUUUAUCUUUUAGCAGGAUGAUCCCAGCACUGUUUGAACUUACAAGAGAUGAAAUUUCCAGAAACGGAAACAUAUAUGGUGACUUUAUCAACUGCAAAGUAUGGGUACUUGCAAAACUCCAAAUUAAAAAGACAGAACAUUUUGGCUGGAUUUAUCUUUAAGCAACCCUUUGGGAGAAGUUUCUGGCCCUUGGGUUUCCCCAAGAGAAAAGAAUAACUGUACUUAUUUUUGUACUUGUGUUUUUAAAAGAAAACUGGAUUAUCCUAUUUUUCAUGGGAAUGGAAGGGGUAUGUGUUCCCUUUUUUUGGUUAGAAGAGAACACCUGCUAAGUUAGAUAUGACAGAUGAGAUUUCCUGGUGGUUUAGGACAUUAUAGACCAUGUGCAAUUUUCUCAUCUUUCUUCUCUCCAUUUGUCUCUCUCUCUCUCUCUAUUUUCUAUCCAGGGAAAUUCCCAGGUAUAACAUGAGAUAAUUAGAUAGCAGGCAAAUAAAGGUCCCUUCUGGCUUGUAUGAGUGCAGCCUCCCUCCUUAAUUGGGGCUAGGGAAGAAGACGAGUUCUGAAAAAUCAGAUGCAAUUCAGCAAGUCUGCCUCUUCAGAUUUUUUUAUAUAGUCUUAUUAUAUAUAUAUCUAUAUUCAAAGAGACCUAUAUUUUUAGCACCAAUGCACAAUCAGUAGAAUAUCUUUUUGGCGGGAUGGCAAUGGAAAUGGGGUCCUGUUUUUACUAUAUAGAGACAUGUUAAUUGUUCUGCAAAUUAAAUAUGAAGUGUGUCAAGUGUUUGUGGUAACAAAAUAUGCAAGGGAAAAUUCCUACAUCGGAAGCAAUGGAUUUCUUUAAGGAUCAAGAAAAUCAUCAAGACCGGGGAGGAACAAAGGAGAUCUUAAUUUCUCCAGAUUGUGCUUGCUCUUAGUUUUUUAGCUUUUUAUAUCCUGAACUCCUUGCUGCAAAUUGUGCGUGGCCAUGUUUGCCAUAAGGUCUAGGAUUGUAUCACUGUGAACCUUGUAUGGUUUUGAACCGCUGUCCAAACAGCAGUCUCUUUUCUGAUCAGAAACUGGGACGCCCCCUUGUCUGCUCAUGUGUCAGGCUCUGAGCAGUCUUUAGGGUCAUCCAGGAGGCAUAUGAAGGACCAGGCUUUUCUCAGCGUUGGUGAGGGAGCUGCCAGGACCAUGGGAAAACGUUUCUUUGUUUCAUUGCAUUGUUGUGUUUGGGUUUCCCACCCGGGGUGAUGAGGACCAACUGUUUUGUUUUUUAUUUAAACUAAUGCUCUUGUAUUGGACUAACAAAAAAAUAAAAUGGAAUAAAAUCUGGAUCCAGGCUCAGUCAACGAGUCAUAGGCCAAAGACUGUGCAUGCAACAGACGCUGGGGAUGAAAGUGGAGGCUAAAGCCCCCUCUUCUGCCUUCUCUAACAUACUUACCUUCUACUCUGCUUCUCUCCUGAGACAACAAGACUUCUCAGCACUUACUAUGCUCAACGCGCUGUGCAACGGUUAAUCGGUUAAAACUCACAACACCCCUGUGAAGUAAGUAUUAUCAUUCCCACUUUACAGAUGGGGAUGGCAAGACAGGGAUACAUUAACUGUCUUGCCUUAGGCCAAGAGCAAAACCUAUCUCCCUGUCCUCGGAAACAUGUGAAGGGGACACCAGCUUGCUAUGGUCAUCUCCAAAGCAGUUAGAAAAUAUGGUGGUUUUUUGACUAUCCGGAAGCCAGGACAAAGAGAAGCAACCUGACAUCAUUAUUUCUGAAGACUUUCAGCAAUCUGAGAGCCAGCUCCUCAGCUAGUCUAAGUUGACCAAGUCCCAGUGGAGUUAUGCUGAUCUAUACUGGAGAGCUGGCCCCGGUUUUGUUGUGUACUGGGAGUGUGGAAGGGUAACUGUGAAGUAUGCAUAGGCAGCCUAGAAAUAUUUUGGUAGGAUAAAAAAACAAACAAACAAACAAAAACCUUGCUAAAACUUGAAUUCAAGCUAUAGAGAAUCAGAUUCUAAGUCUCUCUGUUGUUGUAGGUGAUAUAGUUAAAAUAGCUCCUAGUUAGCACAAUAUGUAAUUUCUUUGGAGUAUGUUAAACUUACUGAAGAAAGAAAAACCCUAAACAUUUUUUUUGUAAGCAAAUAAGAACUUAGGAACCUUAAUGGGAGCAGUCUAAUUCAGCUGGAGUUUAGUUGUAGCUUAACAAACCUGAAAGAAAAUUCUUGUAUUAACUGAUGCAUUCACUUGCAUUCAAGAUCACAGAGGUCAGAAAUGCAAUGCUUUGCAUUUGGGUUUCCAGGUAUUUUGGGCUAGGUUCUCAGCUGGGGCAAUUCUGCUUCUCUCUGCUGACCUCGCUGGAGUUAUGCAGAUUUCCAGUAGCUGGGAGCACUGGUCCAGGAUCACCAUACAGGUGGCUGCUGGUGUGGGGUGGGACUAUUAAGAUCAACCAUUCAGCCAUUGCCCCCUGAGGUCUGGUGUUGGGUCAGCAGGUGCAACACACUGGGACUGUAGUAUGGUCCUACUAGUUGCAUGGGAUGGACCAGGGGAAAAUUAUAACCAUAGCUAUGACUUGAUGAACAACCUCCAAAAUGCCUCUGCAAAAAAGAAAAAAAAGGUAAAUCUUCACCCCCCCCCAACUAGUUGCCCUGCUUCAAGAGCUGGGAGCAUUUCUGAUCCAAGAGACAUAACCACAUCAAUCUCAUCUCCAUUCCAAGGCUACCAAUGAUCAGACUGGGCCUAGGUGUUAUUGGGGUUUUUUAUAUAGUUUCUUUUUGGUUUCAUUUUUCCUGUGUUGAGGCCUAUUCCAUACUGAUGCUGAAGAACUGCAAAGAUAAGUGUGCAAUUUAACCUUUUUCAUGGAAAGCUAUUUACAAAUAAAUAAAAAAUCUUA